CACGGACCUUCUCUCUUCUUCUCUAUCUCUCCGGCCAAUUUUUUCAUCGGAAGGUGGUGGUGGUGCGUUCGGCGAGAUCAGAUAGGAUCAGAUCGCGAUGGCUGAAGAUAAGUACAAUCUCAAGAACCCAGCAGUGAAGAGGAUUCUUCAAGAGGUUAAGGAGAUGCAAUCCAAUCCCUCUGAUGAUUUCAUGAGCUUACCUCUCGAGGAAAAUAUUUUCGAAUGGCAAUUUGCAAUCAGGGGUCCCCGUGAUUCGGAGUUUGAGGGUGGAAUCUAUCAUGGACGAAUCCAGUUGCCUGCAGAAUACCCAUUCAAGCCUCCUUCAUUUAUGUUGUUGACGCCGAACGGUCGUUUUGAAACACAGACGAAAAUUUGUUUAAGCAUAUCAAAUCACCAUCCUGAGCACUGGCAGCCAUCAUGGAGUGUGCGGACUGCUUUAGUUGCACUGAUUGCAUUUAUGCCCACAAGCCCAAAUGGUGCAUUGGGUUCACUAGACUACAAGAAGGAAGAGAGGCGUGCUCUGGCUGUUAAAUCUCGGGAUACACCACCCAAAUUCGGUACCCCUGAACGUCAAAAAUUAAUUGAUGAGAUCCAUGAUUAUAUGCAAAGUAAGGCACCUCCUGUUCCUCAACCCAACCCAUCGCAAGCUCCUGAAGAACAACCUUCAAAAGAGGGUGAUGCUCAAGCGAGUUCUCAGAAUGGUGAGAGUAGCACCCCUGCUGCAGAGGGGCUACCCGAUCCAUCAGGCGAGGAAAUGGUCAUUGAGGAACGCCAGGAAGUACAUGCAGACGCCAAUGUUGGACCUGUGCCUGCAGUGACGAGAACAUCAUUUGUGGCUCCACCCAAUGACUCAAGUAAUCAGGUGAUGCAGAGGCGAGAAACCAGGGUCUCAAAACCAGCCGAUGAUCGAUUGUUCACAUGGGCUGCUGUUGGACUUACCAUUGCUAUUGUGGCUCUCUUAUUGAAGAAGUUCAUGAAAGCAAGUGGACAUGGUGCCUUUUUCACGAACGACUCUUAGAUCACAGGGAUGAUUUUUGUUGAGGGCGUGAGAAGCUUAAAUUCAAAAAGUGAUGCUAUAGCUAAAAGAAAGACUUCUAUUAUAACAUUUCCAUAUAAUUUGUAACAUAUUAUUAUAAUUAUCAUCCUCGUGUACCCAUUGUAAUAAUAAUCUAUUAUAGUGUUCAUAUGA